CGCCGCCGACUGCGAGAAGUGUACUUUUGCAGCUAACGGGAACCACUGGUGUUGGUGUGCGCUUGCUCUAGUCAUCUGGGAUAAAAAGAAGUUGUUUUAGAGGAAGAUGGGGAAUGCGCAGUGAUAUGUAGUUCGCUAAGAAAUCUUUAUAUAUAACUUUUUAAAAUAAUUAUAUUUUGUAGUAGAGAGUAAAAAUUUUUAGUUUGAAGUAAAGUAAAGUUUGGAGCUGAUUAGAAAUUCGUUUAAGUUCAUGAUUGUAAUUUUCGGCUUUGUAAGCCCCUUUGCUUUCGGACUGUUGAGUGUAUAGUACUUCUUUAGUUGACUUUGGUAACGAGGUAAAGAUUUACGGAGUGUUAAGUAAAAUUAAUGUGAACAAAUUAAGUUUUUGUCUUUUAAAAUAAAAAAUUAAAUUAAAUAAUGGAUCUUGAAACUAUAUCAGCGCAGAUGAAUAGUGUCAUUCACAAACAUCAGAUGGUUGUGAAAGAAUUAAAAAGCGAUCCGCAGAAUGCGGUUCUCCUGAAAAAACUACAUGAAUUGCAGUGUGAAAUCAGAAGCUUAAAUGAUAGACAGAAACAAGUUGUUGAGGGCUUGAGAAAAAAUCUAGAAAAGCCUAGUCCAAAUACAUGUUCCACAAAUGUUGCAGCAUUUACUGUUGCUUCACAAUCACCUAGACCACAAACACCAAAUCAAGAAACACAAGUUGUAGGCUCACAGAGGAGUCCUCUAGCAAAUAAUAAACUGACAACGACCCUAGUGACUAAGCCCAUAACUAACUGUAUAAAUACAGUACGCCAAACAGUGCCUCCAACAAUAAACAAUAUUGCCACUCCUGCAGCUACUACAUUUACUUUCAAAGCUCCAAUGGGUACAGUUGUCCUGCCGAACUGUUCAACAGCUGCUGCCAGUACAUUGCUGACAACAAAAGUUGCUGAACAUCAAAAAAUUCAUCCAGUACUUGUAGUGCCAUCUCCGUCCAAUCGUACUGCUGAUGGUGCACAAGUAUUGCUAAAUUUGGUUCCACCAAUCAGAGUGCCUCAAUAUCCUCCGCCUUCACCUCGUACCCCUGCUCCUCCAGUUCAGACUUGCCAAAAGAAUACAGCUAUAAAUAGCUGUAAUCCCAUAGCUGUAGCCAACACCUCCACUACGUUUCAAACAACUCAAUUCUAUGUCAACUCGGAUUCUUCAUGUGACAGUCCACCUGCCACCCUGAGUGACAAAUUUCAACCAAAUAAUACAAUUGAUACUAUAGAAAACAAAUUGGAACAAAAAAAAAAAUUAGAAUUUCUUACAGCAUUGGGACUUGUAACAAGAGAUUCUUUGUGUGACUUGAAAAAUAAGAGAAUGGAGCGAAAGCGCAGAUCUACAGCAAAUCCUCAGUUCUCUAAUGCUGCUUUAGAAGAAAAAUGGCGUAUUGCAGCAGCAGCUCAAGCAUCUACAGCUCCUCAAAAAAGACCUAGAGGUCGUCCUCGUUUGGAAACUAAACCAGUUGUUUGUCCCACUAACGGAAUUUGUCCAGCAAAUGAAGAUAAACCAGCUGAAGUACAGCCACCUCAAAAUAAUGCCCCUAUUGUAAUGACAACUAACUCAUGUUCAGUUAACUCAACUCCAGCUGUUUCAUCUCUAGCUAAUUCAUCUCCUAACUCAUCUCCAAUUAACAGUUCAGUUACUGUUGUAAAUGGAAUUCAUAAAGCUCUCUCUCAUUCUGAUGAAGGAAAGAAUGUUGAACAAAUGUUGUCUGGAUUAUGCAUUGUGUGCACGCAACCUGGUGAUCUAGUAAAAUGUGAUACAUGUGCUAAACAACAACAUCUUGGUUGCAUGCAGCCACCAUUGAUUGCAAGACCACAAGUUCCGUGGCAAUGCAGUGAAUGCCAGUCUAGGACUGUCUCUCUCACUGUUGUACAAAAUUAUGACAUGCUCAAAGCAGCCAAAGAGGAUGAGAAGCGAAAAUUACUCAAGAAAAGUUUGGAGUUGCGUUUAAAGCGUUCUCAAUUGGAAGGUAGACUUAAUCAGUUGAAAGAUUAUUCUACUAAUCAGAAAAAUCGACAAUCAGAGCUUCAGAAUUCUUUGAAAGGAACAGAAAAUCUUGUAGAACGCAUCAGCAAUGUGAUAAAUGGUGUGAGAAUGUGCUCUUGAUGUUCCUUUUUCCCAUUUCAAAACUUAUUUUCAUGUGCCAAUUUCGGUGCUUUUUAAAGAUAAUUCAUAGCAUCAGUUGCUGGAGCUUAGAACAUACCCAAUGAACAAUAAUUUGGGUAGGGUAAUUUGGUGCAGCUACCUUUACUAAAAAUAACUGAGAUAUGUACAGACUUGUAAUUAAGUAAUUUAACGCUGGAGUUCAGCAUCUCACUUAUUUAUUUGAACAGCACUGUCCAUUAAUGCUGACAUGCAUGUUUUCCCUGGUACUACCAAAAUGCUGUGGGAGCCUUUGAUUAGGCUUUACCUGUACCUGUUUACAUUAUUUGUAUAUAACAACAUUCAUGACAUAUUUUCUGUGUAUAUAGUUAGUACUUUUUUAAAUUUUAGCACUGUAUUUAGCUAAUUGAAUGAAAUACUGAACUGAAAUAAUUACACAUUCUGUGGAAUUAAUGUUUUACUGUAUAUAAUGUCAUAACUACCAUUUCUUAAAUUAACUACUGAAUUUUACCAGUUUCACCUGGUUCAAUCAACCAAAAAAAGUUAUUAUUGUUUAUUUAUUUAUUUUUGUCUAUUUUUGAGCAUUUUAAGGAAGCUUCUGAAAAAUUGCUAAUCAAAAUCUUUUAUUAUCUAUUUC